GGCUCAGGAACAGCAUCAACAAAGACCUGGAAGACAUGGAGGCGGGGGUGGGGGGUGGCUGGGCAUCCCAGAAGCUCUGAGGGGCUAGAGAAGGACAGGGUAGGGUGUGAGCUCAGAGAAGGUGAGAGGGUUUGAGUCUGUGAGUUCUGUUUGGGGCAGUGGCAGCCACGAUGGGCUGUUGAGGUUGUGUCUCACCCUUCUCCUCCCCGUCCUUGGAGCACCCAUAGAGCCAGUGGCCACGUAGUUGACAUCUGUGACAUCUGUGUGGUGCUGGGUAUGUCACCGUUAGUCCUUACCGCUGCCCCCGGAGGUGGGUAUUUGUGGGCCUAGGUCACAGGGUAGCACCUCAGGCCCAGAGAGGGAAGCUCCCUGUCCAAGGUAAUGAUCCGACCCAACCCGAACCCACCUAUACUCCUAAGCACCAUCUCUUGUUGAGGGUGUCCUGCCCUCUGUGUGGCUUCCCCACCCUGUCUACCCCAGUGCCCCAAUGUAUUCCCCGAGAGCCACGGCAGGGAGGCACCCAGAUGCCGCUAGUCAGACCGUGGGCUCGGCAGCAUUCCUUAGAGACCAGCAUAGAGGUGGUCUCCUUCUCAUCUCACCUGGGUAGACUGAGGUUCAGGUCCAAGGUUAGACUCAAGGAGUGCCAGCCUGGGCUGGGACCGUGUCUCCUUAGCAGCAGCUGAGGCUUUGGGGAUUGUUGAACUGCCCCACCCUGACCGUGGAGAAGCUGUUUCCCUAAAGCCUCAGUCGAGAGCGCAAGGGGCUCAGGCCUUGGGUCUGGGUUCAAGUCCGGGUGUUUGCCUCGCAUGACUGUGUGACGGUGAGACACCAUUAGCCACUCUGAGCCUCGGUUUCUUUAUCGUUUGGGGGGAGGGCUGCGUUUCCUAUCUGGUGAGCAGCGGUAGAUAGUUAGAGAACACCUAUGGAGGCCUGGUGCCGGCCGGGCGAACUGGGCCUUCCUGGGAGAGCUGAGUCUGAGUGUCAGUUAGGAUUCUGAUAGAGAUGGAGAAGGACAAAGCCCAGGGGCUGUAGGGGCCCACAGAGGGCACCCUAGCCAGGUGAGGAGAGCAGGUUCCAGCCCCCAAAGGGCCACAGGGGCUGGGUCCUGGGUGUGCUGGAAUUUCCCCGGAUGAGCCAGGAGCCAGGGAAGCCUUUACCGUUAGGGGAGGCCACGCUCAGAUUUAUGUUCUAGCAAGUUCUCCUUUUGCCAGGUGGAGGGCAGAUGUGAUGAGUUGGCAAGCUUGGGGGCAGGCGCAGCGAGGCUGCUGAAGGAGCAGAACACAGCUGGACCAGUGGGGAUGCUGGGCGUGGAGAUCCCUUACAACAGGGAACUAGAGAGAAGCUAGACAGGGUGUGAGGGGUGAGGGCUCGGGGGGGUGUUCUUCCAGGUGCCAGGGAGGGGACAGGCAGCUGGGACAGGGCUGUUGGAGGUGGGUAGAUGAUGAUGGAGACCGCAAAGUAUCUUCUAGGAACCACAGAGAUGGCCAAAAUGUGCCCUGGGACAGGAGACAGGCUGGAGAGGAGCCGUGAGGUGGGGUGGCACCCCAGGAAGGCUUCUGAGGAACAGGGACAUAGCGGGGGGGGCCGGGGGGAAAGCCAGCCAUGCUGCUCCUCAGACUGGGCUGGCUGUGUUUCCACAGAGGGAGGCAUAAGUGGGUGUCAGAUCAUGGGUGGCAGGAGGGUCAGGGAAGACAGAGCCCUUAGCUCAGCCCUGGGAAGGGGAGGGGUUUGGGACAGGAGUAAAAUAUUUGCAUGCGUAACAAGGCUGGGGUGAGGGAGAGAGAGAAAGGGGGAGAGAGAUGAAAGGAAAUUACCAUACAUCAGGAUCUUGUUAUUCAACCUAAUUUUCAAAGGGGCACAGCUGUCGCGCUGAGAUAAUCCGUUAAUUAUAACAGCCAUUGUGCUUUGGCAAUGGGAGAGAAACCGAGGCUGGGUACAGGCUUGAAGGCUGGGGAUGGGAAAUGGCCUUUGAGGGUACAGGACCUCAGAGAGGGGCCAGGGAGAGAGGCAGAGUGGGGUGCUGGGCUCUUGGGACCAGAGGGAAGAGCAGGUCAGGGACCAGGUCGAAGCCUCUGCAUGGCCACUGUCAGCAUGGAGGUGAUGAGGCCAACUGCUUGCCAGUUGGUGCUGUGCUCCUGGAGCCAGUCUUUAGAACCCUCCGGAGCAGUUAACUUUAUUGAGCAGUUACUAUGUGCCAGACCCUGCUUCCUCUCUAGCUGUUCCCUGCAGCGAGAGCCCUUCCCGUCUCAUUUCUUUUCAGAAGAGGAAACACCCAGGAAGGUAGCUUGACAGGGCCACCGAGUGAGGUAGCUGGCAGAGCCCCGUGUAGUCAGAGUAUGGCCCUGAACUUCCAGGAUAGCCUGAGAGACAGGUCCCACCGAGUGGGCAGACACAGGAGCGUCCAUGAUUUAAGGCACGUCAUCACCCAGUGGUCACGGGUGGCCCUCCCCCAGUGGCGUUUCCGGGGCCCUGGGUGUGGACAGAGCCUCCUUGUUCUCUGGGCUGCAGCUGCAGGCCCCCUGCGGCCUUCAAGGCAGCCUUCAGUCUGGCCCCCAAUCCCCGGAGCAUCUACCAUCAGGGCCAGGAGAGGGCGUUCCACACCAUCUCUGGUGGCACCCAUGCUGGCCUUUGUGACCACCUGCUUGGAGGAACAGAUGGGUUUCUUCCUGUCUCCACCUUGCUCACCAUCCCUCAGCGUUGCACUCCUGGCUCCUGUGGGAACUGCCUGAAAUUCUGAGCCUGGAACCCAAGGGGAAGGAGGAGGAGAGGGAGGAAAAGGAAGAAGUCGAAAGCCUGAGAACCUGAAUACCUUUCCAUCGGGAACCUGGAAUCACAACAACGCCCAGCGCCUGCUUGUGGCCCUUCAGAAGAGCAGGCCCCAGCUGUGUCUCACUAGCCCAGGGACCCCGUGCUGGAGAGCACCCCCAAGAUGGUGGCGGCUCCCAGGAGGACUGUGCCACCGGCCCAGGGUCCCUCUGGCUGCUAGGCCCCUCCGUGCUCCCGGCCCUUGACGCCAGCUGGGCCUGUAAGGGGGCCGAAGCCCGGGCCAUGCUGCGCCUGGGGCUGUGCGCGGCGGCGCUCCUGUGCGUGUGCCAGCCGGGGGCUGUGCACGCCGACUGCUGGCUUAUCGAGGGGGACAAGGGCUACGUGUGGCUGGCCAUCUGCAGCCAGAACCAGCCUCCCUACGAGACCAUCCCCCAGCACAUUAACAGCACCGUGCACGACCUGAGGCUCAAUGAGAACAAGCUCAAGGCCGUGCUGUAUUCCUCGCUCAAUCGCUUCGGGAACCUCACGGACCUCAACCUCACCAAGAACGAGAUCUCCUACAUCGAGGACGGUGCCUUCCUGGGCCAGACGAGCCUGCAGGUCCUGCAGCUGGGCUACAACCGCCUCAGCAACCUGACCGAGGGCAUGCUCCGAGGCAUGAGCCGGCUGCAGUUCCUCUUUGUCCAGCACAACCUCAUCGAGGUGGUGACGCCCACCGCCUUCUCGGAGUGCCCCAGCCUCAUCAGCAUCGACCUGUCCUCCAACCGCCUCAGCCGCCUGGACGGCGCCACCUUCGCCAGCCUGGCCAGCCUGAUGGUGUGCGAGCUGGCCGGCAACCCCUUCAACUGUGAGUGUGACCUCUUCGGCUUCCUCGCCUGGCUCGUGGUCUUCAACAACGUCACCAAGAACUACGACCGCCUGCAGUGCGAGUCGCCCAGGGAGUUCGCCGGGUACCCGCUGCUCGUGCCCCGGCCUUACCACAGCCUCAACGCCAUCACCGUCCUGCAGGCCAAGUGCCGCAACGGCUCCAUGCCCGCCCGGCCCGUGAGCCACCCCACCCCCUAUUCCACCGACGCCCAGAGGGAACCUGACGAGAACUCGGGCUUCAAUCCCGACGAGAUUCUCUCGGUGGAGCCGCCCGCCUCCUCCACCACGGACGCCACGGCGGGGCCGGCCAUCAAGCUGCACCAGGUCGCCUUCACCUCGGCCACCUUGAUCGUCAUCAUCCCGCACCCUUACAGCAAAAUGUACGUCCUGGUACAGUACAACAACAGCUACAUCUCCGACGUCAUGACGCUCAAGAACAAGAAGGAGAUCGUGACGCUCGACAGGCUGCGGGCCCACACCGAGUACACCUUUUGCAUCGCGUCGCUGCGCAACAACCGCCGCUUCAACCACACCUGCCUGACCUUUACCACCCGGGACCCUGUGCCCGGGGACAUGGCCCCCAGCACCUCCACCACCACGCACUACAUCAUGACCAUCCUGGGCUGCCUGUUUGGCAUGGUCAUCGUGCUGGGGGCCGUCUACUACUGCCUGCGCAAGAGGCGCGUGCAGGAGGAGAAGCAGAAGUCCGUCAACGUCAAGAAGACCAUCUUGGAGAUGCGCUACGGCGCCGACGUGGAGGCCGGGUCCAUCGUGCACGCCGCGGCGCAGAAGCUCGGGGAGCCGCCCGUGCUCCCCGUGGCACGCAUGUCCUCCAUCCCCUCCAUCAUCGGGGAGAAGCUGCCCGCUGCCAAGGGGCUGGAGGCCGGCCUCGAGACACCCAAGGUGGCUACCAAAGGCAACUAUAUCGAGGUGCGCACGGGGGCUGCCGCGGGGGACGGCCUGGCCCGGCCGGAGGAUGAGCUCCCGGACAUCGAGAACGGCCAGGGCUCAGCUGCCGAGAUCUCUACCAUUGCCAAGGAGGUGGACAAGGUCAACCAGAUCAUUAACAACUGCAUCGACGCCCUCAAGCUGGACUCGGCCUCCUUCCUGGGGAGUGGCAGCGGCGGCGGUGGGGACUCCGACCUGGCCUUCGAGUGCCAGUCCCUUCCUGCGGCUCCUGCCGCUUCCACGGCUGCCACUCCCGGGGCGCUGGAGCGGCCCAGCUUCCUGUCGCCCCCCUACAAGGAGAGCUCCCACCACCCGCUGCAGCGCCAGCUGAGCGCCGAUGCCGCAGUGAGCCGCAAGACUUGCAGCGUGUCGUCCAGCGGCUCCAUCAAGAGCGCCAAGGUCUUCAGCCUGGACGUGCCGGACCACCCGACCCCCACGGGACUGGCCAAGGGCGACUCCAAGUACAUUGAGAAAGGCAGCCCCCUCAACAGCCCGCUCGACCGGCUUCCCCUGGUGCCCACAGGCAGCAGCGGUAGCAGCGGUGGGGGGGGCGGCAUUCACCACCUGGAGGUGAAGCCGGCCUACCACUGCAGCGAGCACCGGCACAGCUUCCCCGCUCUCUAUUACGAGGAGGGCUCUGACAGCCUGAGCCAGCGCGUGUCCUUCCUUAAGCCGCUGACCCGCUCCAAGCGUGACUCCACCUAUUCGCAGCUCUCCCCCAGACAUUACUACUCAGGGUACUCGUCCAGCCCCGAGUACUCGUCCGAGAGCACACAUAAGAUCUGGGAGCGCUUCCGGCCCUACAAGAAGCACCAUCGUGAGGAGGUAUACAUGGCCGCUGGCCAUGCCCUGCGCAAGAAGGUCCAGUUUGCCAAGGAUGAGGACCUGCAUGACAUCCUUGAUUACUGGAAGGGGGUCUCAGCCCAGCAGAAGCUGUGACCCUUUUCUCCCCCACCGGUGAGGUGACGGGGAGGGCAGGGGCACCCCGGGGGGGGGAGGUCCCCCCCUCAGGGUGGCUGGGAGGCGGGGGACAAGGCCAAGGGGCCCAGGCUGAGGGUCCCGGGGCCUAGGAGUGGACGCACAUGCAUACCCGCACGCACGCACCCACACACACACUUGACCAUCACCUGACUGUGAAACAACCAACACCCAACAAUAACGGACAGGAAAACAAGCAUUUUCCUUAAAGUUUACAACCUGCUACCGAAACCAGUUGUCUCUACUGUGCUGCCCAAGGGACUCGCUGGGCUGGGGCUUAAAGGGGCCAGAGAGGGCGGGGGGGGGGCCUGGGACUCAGGAGGGUUUGGUGGCAAGAGAGAUUGGAGUGGAAGCAAACGGUGGCCCUCUUGUUCAGGGAGGGUAUCCUCCCAGCUGGGGGGACGGACGUUCCCCUUGAAGACCUAACAACAUGUGGACAUUGGGGUAUCCUCUCCUCCCACCUUAUCGAUGGCCCAGAGAGAGGAAAAGAAGCCCCAGGGGUCUCACCCAACAGGUUACAGCUGUUGCCCAGCUUCCUAGCCCAGUGCUGGCCCCGCCUCCGGCUGCUCCUCUGGACCCCACUCCCUCCACCCACCACCCCUUCCAAAGUUGUGGUCUCAGGGGUCUAGGGACUGAAGCAGGCAGGUGCUUUUCUUCUCUAGAAAGUCCAUGGGCACCCACAAGGUGAAAAGGCUAAUGUCCCUAGCCCUGGAUGACCGGGAGUGAGGAAUAUCCUGCUGACCGGAGAGAAGAGGCAAAGGGUGCCACCAGCCCCCUUCAAGUGUCUUCCAAGUAGUCCCAGGGAGCUGCCUGGGGGGUGGGGGGGUGGGCAGACCUGCUCCCCACUGCUCUCUCAGGUCCCCGUGCCACAGCCCCUGGUUUCUCUGGGUCUCCGGGACCCCUACCCACCGUAGAGAGACAACAGCAAAGGUCAAGGCCUGGGACCAGUAGAGAGGUGAUGCAGAAUGUGGGGGUUCCCCCCCAUACCCCCACUUGCCUGGCCCCUGCUGGGUGCAGCAUCUGCCCGGGAGGGCAGCAUAUGCCUCACCCCACCCUGUCUCACCCCCUUGGCUAGAGGGGCUCCCAUGUUUCCACGGACAUGGCCACAGUCCUCUCUCUCUGACCCGCUCCCAACACCACUCAAAGCACAAACAGUGAGGUGCCCCUUAAUGCCCUGGUCAAGGAGCAGGCUGGGUUCCUGGCCCCUCCCCUUUUCUAGCUAGUCUGUUGCCACGGCAACCCAGUGCCUGGCAGUUGGUGCCCAGAACGACCAACUGACCAACCGUUGGGCUCUGGAGUUCUCUCAGUGUAGGUGGCAGCAGAAGGUGGUUAAGGAGGCCUGGCUAGGCAGCAGCUUUCUCAAGAGCCAGGAGCUUCCGGGACAACUCUGGAGGCCAUUCUGGAGUCCUCAGACUAGGCUAAGGCAUUGUCCUUUGUCUCUGAGUGGGCAGUGGGCCUAUGGGGCAUUGGGAUAGCUGUACUGGGCAGGUGUGCUCCCAGCCCAUGGGCCCUUUGACUUCAAAUUUGAGCUAUGGAGGAGCCUUCUCGGCUCUACCCCACUCCUUCCAGAGACCCCCUCAUUCCUGUUGCUCUUUUGGCCUUCUUGAGAUGGGAAAGUGUGACUCUGGAAUGAAGGCGUGGAUGGGGUGGCAUCUCACCUGACCUGUGAGGGCUCUGACCGGGAAAAGCUCUGGCUCUUCUUGGGGGCGGGGUACAGGGAAGGAACGGGAUGGGGAGACUUGACGAACGUCUCUUAUCACAUCGACUUUGGGGUGGGCUGAGCCCAGGGCUCACUCAGGGGUGACAUUUGCAAAAAACAAAAAAAACAACAACAAAACAAAAACAAAAAACAAAAAGACUGUUCCGGGCAGAGGAUGAGACUGGCCAGCUUGGAUGUGAAGAGCAGAGCUCCCCCAGCCACAAACCUGCCCUCACCCCACCCUAUACCUACCAUCCCGAGGACAGCAGGCAGGCCGAGAGGCUGGGGGCGCGAGCAAGCUGACCCCUGUUAUCUUUGCAUGAUGAUUUUACUGUAUUUUUUCUGAGCAAACAUCUGUCGUGUAUGUGCCAGUUUGUCCAGACUCCCCUCCUUGCCCCCAGCCCCUCCGUGUGAUCCGAGCAGCUCUUGAAACCCAGGGAGGGCCACUCUGCAGAAGAUUCAAAACAGGUGCCACCAACACAGCCCUGCCCUGUACCCUCCUCCCAUCUCUCUGGGCCUUUGGGCCCACAAGCGCUGCCUGCCCCUCCUCCAUCUCUAACCACCACCUCUUCCCCAUCUCUGUCCCGUAGCUUGUCCCUGCUUGUCCUUUUCCCUCCUCUCCACCGGGGAAGGCAGUCUCAGAAGAGUGUUCUCAAGGCCAUGUUCUUGGGGAAGGAUCUUCAUCAACCUGCUCCCAUUUGGAAAUGAAGCUGGGGGCCCUGGGGAUGGGAUACUCCGGGCGGGCUGUCUUACUGAGUAAAGAAGGCCAAGAGCUUGCAGCCUCACGGAGAGGCUUGGAGCCCUACAGGAGGAAAGUGGGCCUUGUCAUACGCAGGGAAAGUUCCCACAGUGGGCUGGGCUCUAUCCCCACUUUUUGGCCGUCAUUCCUGCUUGAAUAUGACUUAAAAAACCCUAGAUGCAGUCUGUGCCUCACGCCUUUAGUUCCAGUACUUGGGGGGGGGCGCGGAGGCAGGCAGAUCUCUGUGAGUUCAAAGCCAGCCUGGUCUACAGACCAAGUUCUAGAACAGCCAUGGUCACAUCGAAAUACCCUGUCACAAAAAAAAAAAAAAAAAAACAAAAACAAAAA